AUAACUGAGGAAAGAGGAAUGCUGGGAAGUUCUCCUCAGCUCAGGUCCGGAGCCUGACGGGAAAAGAGGGCGGAGACUAGGCCUGCGCACGCGUGGUUGGCCGGCUGCUGCGUUGUGAUGGAUCAGGCGGAAUUCCAGAAGAGAAACUAAUCCUUGUCUAGGCGCAGAGGGCUUGGUUCAUAUUCGCAAAUUCCCCGUCCGGUGCUCUUCCGGUAGCAGGGAGGCGACAGAAGGUGUCCAGCUAUCCAUUACCAAGAAGAAAUCUAUUCGUUUGAGCCUGAAGAACUCUUUGAGGUAAAAAAUUAGAAUGAAAGAACCUUUGGAUGGUGAAUGUGGCAAAGCAGUGGUACCACAGCAGGAGCUUCUGGACAAAAUUAAAGAAGAACCAGACAAUGUUCAAGAGUAUGGAAGUGCCCAACAGCCAAAAAUUCAAGAAAGUGAAUUGAAAAUUAGUGGUGUGUUUUCAGUUAAUGAGAGACCUCUUGCCCAGCAAUUGAACCCAGGCUUUCAGCUUUCUUUUACAUCAUCUGGCCCAAGUGUAUUGCUUCCUUCAGUUCCAGCUGUUGCUAUUAAGGUUUUUUGUUCUGGUUGUAAAAAAAUGCUUUAUAAGGGCCAAACUGCAUAUCAUAAGACAGGAUCUACUCAGCUCUUCUGCUCCACACGAUGCAUCACCAGACAUUCUUCACCUGCCUGCCUGCCACCUCCUCCCAAGAAAACCUGCACAAACUGCUCGAAAGACAUUUUAAAUCCUAAGGAUGUGAUCACAACUCGCUUUGAGAAUUCCUCUCCUAGCAAAGAUUUCUGCAGCCAAUCAUGCUUGUCGUCUUAUGAGCUAAAGAAAAAACCUGUUGUUACCAUAUAUACCAAAAGCAUUUCAACUAAGUGCAGUAUGUGUCAGAAGAAUGCUGAUACCCGAUUUGAAGUUAAAUAUCAAAAUGUGGUACAUGGUCUUUGUAGUGAUGCCUGUUUUUCAAAAUUUCACUCUACAUACAACCUCACCAUGAACUGUUGUGAGAACUGUGGGAGCUAUUGCUAUAGUAGCUCUGGUCCUUGCCAAUCCCAGAAGGUUUUUAGUUCAACAAGUGUCACGGCAUACAAGCAGAAUUCAGCCCAGAUUCCUCCAUAUGCCCUGGGGAAGUCAUUGAGGCCCUCAGCUGAAAUGAUUGAGACUACAAAUGAUUCAGGAAAAACAGAGCUUUUCUGCUCUAUUAAUUGCUUAUCUGCUUACAGAGUUAAGACUGUUACUUCUUCAGGUGUCCAGGUUUCGUGUCAUAGUUGUAAAACCUCAGCAAUCCCUCAGUAUCACCUAGCCAUGUCAAAUGGAACUAUAUACAGCUUCUGCAGCUCCAGUUGUGUGGUCGCUUUCCAGAAUGUAUUUAACAAGCCAAAAGGAACAAACUCUUCAGCGAUGCCCCUGUCUCAGGGCCAAGUGGUUGUAAGCCCGCCCUCCUCCAGGUCAGCAGUGUCAACAGGAGGAGGUAACACCUCUGCCGUUUCCUCCAGCUCCAUCCGUGGCUCUGCUGCAGCCAGCCUCCAACCUCUUGCUGAACAAUCCCAGCAAGUUGCUUUAACCCAUACAGUUGUUAAACUCAAGUGUCAGCACUGUAAUCAUCUGUUUGCCACAAAACCAGAACUUCUUUUCUACAAGGGUAAAAUGUUUCUGUUUUGUGGCAAGAAUUGCUCUGAUGAAUACAAGAAGAAAAAUAAAGUUGUGGCAAUGUGUGACUACUGUAAACUGCAGAAAAUUAUUAAGGAGACUGUGCGAUUCUCAGGGGUUGACAAGCCAUUCUGUAGUGAAGUUUGCAAAUUCCUAUCUGCCCGUGACUUUGGAGAACGAUGGGGAAACUACUGUAAGAUGUGCAGCUAUUGUUCACAGACAUCCCCAAAUUUGGUAGAAAACCGAUUGGAGGGCAAGUUAGAAGAGUUUUGUUGUGAAGAUUGUAUGUCCAAAUUUACGGUUCUGUUUUAUCAGAUGGCCAAGUGUGAUGGUUGUAAACGACAGGGUAAACUAAGUGAGUCCAUAAAGUGGCGAGGCAACAUUAAACAUUUCUGUAACCUAUUUUGUGUCUUGGAGUUUUGUCAUCAGCAAAUUAUGAAUGACUCUCUUCCACAAAAUAAAGUAAAUAUUUCUAAAGCGAAAACUGCUGUGAUGGAGCUCUCUUCUGCAAGGACAGAUACAACACCAGUUAUAACCAGUGUGGUGUCAUUGGCAAAAAUACCUGCUGCCUUAUCUACAGGGAACACUAACAGUGUUUCAAAAGGUGCAGUUUCUAAAGAGGCAGCAAAGAUCAUUCAAGAUGAAAGUACACAGGCAGAUGCCAUGAAAUUUCCAUCUUCCCAAUCUUCCCAGCCUUCUAGGCUUUUAAAGAACAAAGGCAUAUCUUGCAAACCCGUCACACAGACCAAGGCCACUUCUUGCAAACCACAUACACAGCACAAAGAAUGUCAGACAGAUUUACCUAUGCCUAAUGAAAAAAAUGAUGCAGAACUUGAUUCUCCACCUUCAAAGAAAAAAAGAUUAGGUUUUUUCCAGACUUACGAUACAGAAUAUUUAAAAGUUGGUUUUAUUAUGUGUCCUGGAUCAAAAGAAAGUUCACCAAGGCCACAGUGUGUCAUUUGUGGAGAGAUCUUAUCCAGUGAAAACAUGAAGCCAGCAAAUCUUUCUCAUCAUUUGAAGACAAAACAUUCAGAAUUAGAAAACAAACCAGUAGAUUUUUUUGAACAAAAAUCUCUAGAAAUGGAAUGUCAAAAUAGUUCUAUAAAAAAGUGUUUACUAGUUGAAAAGUCACUUGUGAAAGCUUCUUAUUUAAUUGCUUUCCAAACUGCUGCAAGCAAGAAGCCAUUCUCCAUUGCUGAAGAAUUAAUUAAACCAUAUUUAGUAGAAAUGUGUUCAGAAGUUUUGGGUUCAAGUGCUGGAGACAAAAUGAAAACUAUCCCACUUUCUAAUGUUACAAUUCAACACAGGAUUGACGAACUAUCUGCAGACAUUGAAGACCAGCUGAUUCAAAAGGUCAGAGAGUCAAAGUGGUUUGCCCUGCAGAUAGAUGAGUCAUCAGAAAUCUCAGAUAUCACACUUCUUUUGUGCUAUAUUCGUUUCAUUGAUUAUGAUUGUCGUGAUGUAAAAGAAGAAUUAUUAUUUUGCAUUGAAAUGCCUACUCGAAUAACUGGUUUUGAAAUAUUUGAACUAAUAAAUAAAUAUAUUGAUAGUAAAUCUCUGAAUUGGAAACAUUGUGUUGGUCUCUGUACCGAUGGGGCUGCAAGCAUGACUGGCAGGUAUUCUGGUUUAAAAGCAAAAAUUCAAGAAGUUGCCAUGAAUACAGCAGCAUUUACACAUUGUUUUAUUCACCGUGAACGUUUAGUGGCAGAAAAGUUGUCUCCAUGUUUACAUAAAAUUCUUUUGCAGUCAGCACAAAUUCUAAGUUUUAUAAAGAGCAAUGCAUUGAAUUCACGUAUGUUAACAAUUUUGUGUGAAGAGAUGGGAUCUGAGCAUGUGAGUUUACCGCUUCAUGCUGAAGUACGUUGGAUAUCAAGAGGGAGAAUGUUAAAAAGAUUAUUUGAAUUACGACAUGAGAUUGAAAUAUUUUUAAGUCAAAAGCAUUCAGAUUUGACCAAGUAUUUUCAUGAUGAGGAAUGGGUUGCAAAGCUGGCCUACUUAUCAGAUAUAUUUUCACUUAUAAAUGAAUUAAAUUUAAGUCUCCAAGGAACUUUGACUACUUUCUUCAAUUUGUGUAAUAAAAUUGAUGUAUUUAAGAGAAAGUUAAAAAUGUGGUUGAAGCGCACACAAGAGAAUGACUAUGACAUGUUCCCUUCAUUUUCUGAAUUCUCAAAUUCAUCAGGCUUAAAUAUGACAGAGAUCACAAGGAUUAUUUUUGAGCACCUGGAAGGACUUUCUCAAGUGUUCAGUGACUGUUUUCCACCAGAACAAGACUUGCGUUCAGGAAAUUUGUGGAUAAUUAACCCUUUUAUGAAUCACCAAAAUAAUAAUCUCACCGACUUCGAAGAAGAAAAGCUAACACAGCUAUCUUCAGAUUUAGGAUUACAAUCAGUAUUUAAAUCAGUGUCUGUAACUCAGUUUUGGAUAAAUGCAAAGACAAGUUACCCAGAACUCCAUGAAAGGGCAAUGAAAUUUUUAUUACCCUUUUCAACUGUUUAUUUAUGUGAUGCUGCCUUUUCAGCUUUGACUGAGUCAAAACAAAGAAAUCUGUUGGUUUCUGGCCCUGCCCUAAGACUUGCAGUCACAUCUUUAAUUCCAAGGAUAGAAAAAUUAAUGAAGGAAAAAGAGUAGCAAUAUGCACAUUGCUUAAUAGCGAAGUCAAUAAUCUUGUGUUUUGUAUAAGUAUCCUAAAAGAUAAUUUCCUAAUGUGGAUUUGUGUUUUCAGUGAUUAAAUGUUUUAAUAAUUUUUCCCUUUUUGUUGAGGAAUUUAAUAAUUAUGAUUUUUAUAAGUAAUUAUGUAUAAUUAUAAUCCAGGGUAGAAAAUUUAGUUAUUUCAUUAAAUUUGGAUUAGUGACAAAGACUGAAGGUAAUGAGAGGCCCAGUUUAUAAUGUAACAGCACAACCUGAAUGUUGAAACAGCUUGGCCUUUAGAAGCGAGUGGAACAUUUCAGUCUUCCAGCCAACCAGCUACUUACCCCAGCAAGGUUGUGAGUAGGUGGAAAAGAUGGAUCUUUUUUUUUUUUUCUUUUUUUUUGAGAUGGAGUUUUGCUCUUGUUGCCCAGGCUGGAGUGCAAUGGCGUGAUCUCGGCUCACUGGAACCUCUGCCUUCUGGGUUCAAACAAUUCUCCUGCCUUGGCCUUCUGGGUAGCUGGGGUUACAAGGCAUGUGCCAUUACACCUGUCUGUUGUAUUUUUCUAGUAGAGAUGGGGUUUUACCAUGUUGGUCAGGCUGGUCUCGAACUCCUGACCUCAAGUGAUCCACCUGCCUCGGCCUCCCAAAGUGCUGGGAUUACAAGUAUGAGCCACUAUGCCCAGCUGGAAAAAGACAGAUCUAAGCAGCUUGGGUAACUAUAAAUGGAAGCAGUAGGGGGGUUUGAGACCCCUGCUUGGGGGCUUUCUGGCCUAAUAUACCAGAGCUUAGCAAACUUUUUAAAUAAAGAGCCAGAUAGUAAAUAUUUUCAGCUUUGCAGGCCAUACUGUCACAGCUACUCAAUUCUGCAGUUGCAGUGCAAAAGCAGCCACAGACAAUAUGCAGAUGAGUGUGGCUGUGUUUAAAUAAAACUUAUUCAUGAGCACUGAAA